CAGCUCAAAGCAACAUUCUCGUUUCGAUGGUGGAUAUACUGCAUCGCCUCGGGUAAGAUUGGAGGCCGUCAGACAGUGUAUUUUCGAUCCUUCUAGAAGACAUUUUCAUUCUUAAUGGUGUUCUCUGCAGUAGAUGCGAUGGAUAGGAACAACGCGGUGAAACUCUUUGUGGGUAAUCUAGCGUUGGACACUUCCCAAGAAGACCUGAUGGCUUUGUUUGGUCCAUAUGGCCAAGUUGUAGGUUGUAGUGUUCUUAGGCAGUUUGCCUUUGUGCAUCUGCAGGGAGAUGGGGCGUCAGACCGCGCAAUACGCGAAUUAAAUGGCCUUGAGUUCAAAGGCCGAAACCUUGUGGUGGAGGAAUCGCGAGGGAGACCCCUAAAUUCAACUAAGGUGUUUGUGGGCAACCUGAGUGCCCUGUGCUCUGCGGAGGACCUGCAGGAACUUUUCCAGACCUUCGGCAAAGUAAUAGAAUGUGACAAAGUUAAAGCCAGACUCUCAUCGUCGGCAGGCUACGCCUUUGUUCAUAUGGAGCGCAGAGAAGAUGCUCUGACUGCUAUUGAGGCUCUCCAUGGAACAACAUUUAAGGGUCGUCCGCUCUCAGUGGAGCUCUCCAAGAUCCAGCCCAGCAAGCCCAUUACUUCCUGCAUGAUCCCCUGCGUCACCUGUGGGAAGCUGGGCCACUAUGCAGGCGACUGCCCGGCAGGGAAGUCCUCCAUGGAGCACCACCAGAGUCAGGCUGCAGUUCUGGCUGCGGCAGCAGCCGCUGCUGCAGGCCUCCCCCUUCAAGUGCAGCAGAGUGUGCACAAUUCUUUCUACAAUACCACAAGCUUCGACCCAACAUUAACGGCAUUGAAGAACCUGACCAGUGGCACCUCAGACGGCAAACCAGUCAGUGCGGCUGUCUACGGCGCUCUUGCCAGUCAGGUGUAUGGGUCUGUUGCAGACCAGGUGUUGGUGGGUGACCAAAGCGAGAGCACAGAAGGCUACAACAGUCAGUAUAAUCCUGCAGUAGCUAAAGCCCCAUCAGCUGCUGCUGCAGAAAACCCAGCGUACAACGCAGCCCCAGCCCACCACAAUGCUGCCACAGGCCAUGGUGCCGACUCCACUGCGCAGGCCAUCUUUGAGGCUGCGCGUGCACGGUUUUUUGAACAAGGCCAACAGGUCCUUGCUGAGCAGCAGGCUGUAGCCAAACCCCCAGAAAGGGACCGUAGUCGUAGCCCAGUGCGACGCUCCCUGUUACCUGAUCCAGUUCAUAAACCUUUCCCAUCCCAGCAGCAGCAGCACCAACCGCAACAGCAACAACAACAACAACAGCAGCAGCAGCAGCAGCAGCAGCGAACUGCACGGCGCGCCCUCCUUCCCACACCUCCCGGCGGACCAGAAGAAGCGCCAUCUGUAGAUGAGGACCCAAUCACCAGAUGCUAUGCAGAGUACUACCAGCAGUGCCAGCAGUACCAGCAGUAUCAGCAGUAUCACAUGUACCAACAGUACCAGCAGUACACAUACCCGCCGCCACCGCCGCCACCCAUGCCCGGCGUUCCUGUGCAUCAGCCUAUGAACCCGAUGGAGGUCCAGCAGCACUACAUGACACCUGGCGCUGCCACCUCACCUAGCGUGUAUGAGCCGCCGCCAUUACACAAGGAGCCCCUCCUCCGCCGUCCUGCCUACCCCCACCUCCACACACCAGAGCCCCCUUACCGAUAGGUCUCAUCACAUCAGAUAUGUGUGUCAGAGAGAGAGAGAAUGUGUGUGUGGUGAGUGUGUGUCUGGAUGGGGUGAAAGUGCUAGUCAUGUGUUGCUGGUCCUGUAUAAGAGCCGUAUGUGGUUUAGGGAAUAUCAGUAAUGGCAUCCUUAUGAACAGAGUCCUCAAGGCCCGACCAACUAAGAUUAUAGUGUAGAUAUCAACCAUUACAGAGGGCCGCCCGCUUGCAGUCUAGAUCCAUCUGGUCUGUUAGUUUUACCAGAUACAUUUUUGCCUGAUAAUUGGGUUUUGGUGUUGCAUUUGGUUGAAAGAAUUACCCUUGAUCUUUGAAAUACGUGGUCAGAAAUAUCCACUAAGUGUGCCUUCUAAGUAAAUAAUUGUGACGGAGGUGUCUGUACUGUCUGUCACUUCCGUAACCAUCUUUCAGAUUUUAGAGGACUCAGUACUCCCUCAGUUACUGAGGGGGGAUGUAGGGUGGUCUGCUGUAAGUAUGUUCUAGACUUUUGCUUUUGGCUCUUCAUUGUAGACUUUUUAUUUUUAUUUUCUGUUUCUAGUUUGAGAACCAAGAAAUAUAUAUUUUUUGAUGGCUUGAACCAUUCAUGGUAAAGGGUAGGGUUUGAGGGAUACUUAGUAAAGGACCUGUGUGUGCAUGUAGUGGUGUGAGUGUAUGUAGUGGUGUGAGUGUGAAGCGUUAGACCAUUGACAGGGAACACUUAGGGAUGACGUCCCCCCCAAUCUUAGGUCAUGAACAGGAUAUGAUCGCACACUUCCACACAAUACAGCAGUCGGCUUGUCCCUCUAUUGGGGUCGGAUCAGGCUUCUAGGGAGAGACGUAGUUAACUGCAUCACAUCAACAAACCCACUGCCAUGUUCAUUGAAGCCUCUGCUUCUCUCACACACACACACACCUGCGUCAUACACACAAUCCAAGCACAUUCCCUUCUAGUGCAGGCUUCACGAAUGCACACCCCUUUAAAUAAACCAAACCUCUAAUUUUGCGAUCACCAUUUGUAAGGGGAGAAACUGACCACUAGAGGGGAUCAGUCUAUUGGACAUGCCUUGAGGGGAGGACUAAUUUUGUCAGGCAUACGUGUGUAUAAUGGUGUUUUCCACGUGGUACAAAGAGUGUAACCUCAUAGCUGUCAAAUGGUUAAAGAACACAGCUGUCAGUGCUUAUCGCUGGAGCAGAAUGGAAAGAACCCCGUUUGUUUUCAUUUUUCUGCACCCUGGUCAACAUGUCUAGAAUGAGCAGGAUGUUUGAAAUUUAUUUUUUCUUUCUCAUGUCAUUCUUUCUUAGUUGGGAGGCCUUACUUAAACCACUGUCAAUAUGUCCUGUUUUCAUUUUUACUUCAAUUUGACUAUCACCGUCACACAUGUCACAGCGCCAUCCGAGACCUGUAUGCUCCCAUUUUCUUUUCUCCCAAAUAUAAAGACUAUAAACCGUGUUUAGCCUUUGUGGCUGACACUUUAAACAGUAAUUUGGUUUUUAGAAAUAAAAGACAAUGAAGUGCUUCAAAUAAUUGAUAUGUAUCUUGUGCCCGUUGGCAUAAUAUUCUAAUUAAAACAUCAUACCUUACCAUAAAACAUCAAGCCCAAAGUUAUUGUUUCCUACUGCAAAUAGGUUGAAUUAAUAUAAUUGAAAGAAAGAUUGUAAGUCUUCAGAAAUAAAAUUACUGUAGAAUGACCGUUACACAGUUCAGUCUAACGAUACCUAUAGAAGAGUUUCAUCUCUACAGAUGAGGACUUGUGUAAAUUGUAAUAGAAAAGCAAGCAAAGUAAGUCACACAACAUUGUCGUGACAAGUGACUAUAUAUAUAUUUUUACUGGUUAUUAAGAUUUCUCAAAAAACCUGCUAUACCAGUCACCUGCAAUGGCAAUGUUGUUUUUCUUGCAGUGUUGCGUACAAUAGUCCCUGUAAGGCCUUAAGGCCCUUAGUUGACCUCGCACUGAAGCCCCAAAGCAUGAAUGACUAAAAACGCAAUUGCAGACAGACAAAAACAUUAACAAGUACUGAAAUUUCAGUCAGUUCCUCCUGUUUUGCUAUCUUGAGGUCAGUGGGGGUGGGAGUGAAGGGGGGGGCGUAGCUCUACACACAGCACCAGGCCUACACACAUGUAACCUGUAUGUCGCUGCUGUGUCUGUGAUGUGUUCAUUUUGUAGUGCAUGACUGUUACUUUUACUGCUCUUCCAGCCACAUUCUCCCUUUUCGCUAACUACAGCUAAAAUGGCUGCUGGGCCCAUGGAUGCCAUGUUGAGUGUGACCGGGGGGAAGAAAAUUAGUCGCACAGUGCCACGGACGCACUCCCCACCCACAAAGGUAAAGCCCGCUGCCCCCCAACCACGCCUGCACUUUGACCACACACCUCCCCUUAUUGAUCCCAACCCCUCCUGUUGGAAGGCUAUGCCUACUGAGGCAGGCCCGCUUUAUGUUUGCAGAGUGAUCCAUAAUGCUGGAGGCCAAGAAAAACUGCCACAGAAACCUCCCAUCACACAAGGACCGAGAGGUGCGUAAGACCGCCACACAUACAAAGAGUUAUGUAGUCGGCCGUACCUCAAAAACACCACCUAGGGGACUCCUGGCAUGGCAACCUAGGAUGACAGUGUCAUGGUCUUUCUACCUUUUUGUGUCCAUCAGGCAUACACUCAGUGUCUUAUCGUCCAUGCCAUCUGACCAAGGUUUCUUAAGCCUUCUGCGAACACAAUGUCUUUUAAGCGAGACCUCAUAUGAAAGCAUUACAUGUGAUCAUGGAUUCGUUUUUUUCUGGGAAGUUUAACCCAAAUGUAGUGUGAAUCACUCCAUACACACGGCUGAAAUGCGUUCAUGCCAGUGCAAGCACUAAGCCUUAAUCUAAGACCCACCCUACAAUUCGAAGAAUUUUGUUUCAAGUUGCCAUACUUCCUAAGAGGCAAACCGUAUAGAUUGGGUAUGCAGGAAUUGUUGCCUUGGCUUGUUGUGUGGCAUUUGGUGUUUUUUGAAGUGUUUCCAGUAAGGCGAGACGAGACGUGCACUCAAAACUGAGAUGCUGCGGCCGCUCUGUGAAGGGAGAGCUCUGCUCUAAGGACUCAAAGGGUGGUAAGCCAAAAACACAAGAAAAGCAGGUAGGGCCUUGCACCUUCAGUCCACCCACACAUGGUAGGUGAGUAACCACACACACACUGCUGACCAGAUCAGUCCCAUGCCUCCCCCCUCAGCCACUCUACAAAUCUACUCCCUUCCCAUAAAGUCUCCAGGUUUUCCCCUUCCCAGUCAUGGAGCAGUUGCCAACGCAACAGAUGCCCAAACCUGGCUUUCAGGAGAUUUCAGCAGACUGUGGUUGUAGUGCAUCAAGAAAAGUAAGAUUUGGAUUACCCUCAUAUUGGAUGUGAAGUCACAACACCCCCAUCUCCCAUCAGGAUUGGGCAUCUUUAUAUGGACCUCCAAACUGAAGUGGUCCAGCCAUUUUAAAUGGACCCCUUGAGUCCCUCCUGACUAUAAAUAUGAAUUUUUGUGGUUUCUUUUUUCCUUUUAGUUUUAAGCUGUAAAUUUGCAUAACAGUUUGCAUUUCAUGUGUCUUCGUAACGAACACAUUUGCAUUUCGUGAUUUUUAUUUUGCUAGUGGAUCAAAGUUUCGGACGAAUGAAAAUGUAUGUAUGAUGAGUAAGAGACCGAAAUAUUAAGAAUCCAGCCCACCUCCCCAUCCCCUCCCUCAUUAGAUGACAAUUGUCUAACUGUUGGAGUGUUUCAGAGUGUCUCUUUCUGGUUGAAAUUGGCUCCUCUAAAGCUUUGGGUAGCCUUAAUACUUUGUAAUAUCUGUUCUUUGUAAGACUCAAUAAAUGAUACGGAAAGGCA